AUGCCGCGAUCGAAAGAAUUCUACGGCGACCCCAUCGAGGAGGACACCCUCUAUGUUGCCCUCUACGAGCGCAAAGCCGUGGGGGAAGCCUAUCACUGGGCGCUUCUUCUUACCGGUCCAGGAGAGGCCGGACGAAUCCACCAGACAACCGAUCGUACCGGUUCAUGGGCGUACGAGAUCAGGGAGGUCGAGCAAGUGCAGCCGACGAGGUCUAUGAUCUGCCUCAUCGGGAUCGGGCAUAUCCCCCCGGAGAAGCGAGCCGAAGCCGAGGAGGCUAUGAAGAGUGUUCAUGUACCCGCUCAGGGCGGCAACUUGCGUAGCGGAGAGCCGUUCAACUGCCGCACAUGGCUCAAGCUUGUCAUCAGUGUGCUUCAAAAGGAGGUCAUUCUCAAGCUGCCUCUGCACGUUGAAGACGUCGAGACGAGAUGCAGGAUAAAAGCGGGGGCGCUGCUCAAGCCCAAUGACCCGGAGGGAAAGAAACUGCCUAGUGUGACGGCUCGGAUCGUUUGA